AUGUCGAGUACGCCGGCGCUCGAUCCGACGCAGCAACAACCGUCACCAUUCCCGCCGGUGAUACAAGAACAAGCCUACAAACCUCAUUCGAGUCACGGGUCAGUCGGACCGGUAAUCGGAGUUCUUGCGGUGAUUAUGGUAAUGGGUGCGGUGGCUGUAAUGAUAGGCAGGCUCUGUUCCGGUCGCCGGAUCAUGGGUCACGGGCAAUACGACUUUGAAGGGUGGGUGGAGACCAAAUGCUCCACGUGUAUCGACGGUAGGCUUGGCCCUCCUCCUCGGCGGGAAACGGUGCCUGUGGUGUUGGUGGAGACCACCAACGCCUCGUCAAGUGAAGCUGCUGCUGCCGCCGCCGCGGCCCCAGCUGAAAUUCCGGCCGACGAAGCGCCACCACAGGCGGAUGAAGAAGCGGCUACUCAUCAACCACCACAAGAACAGCACAAUCUACGUGAGAACUGA